CCGGAAAGAUGCCGUAUUACACGACGCCGGACAACGACGAACCCGAUGAGUUCGACGAGUACAAUCCGAAGCCGUACAAAGGCGGAUUCGACCUCUUCGUAACCUACGGACAACCGUUGGAGCCAUGCAAGGCCACUUGCUACCCUUAUUCAUCCGAAGGUGAUUUCGAUUACGAACGUCCGAAUUUCGGCUCCGGAAGCAUACCUAGCGCAUAUGGCGGUGGACAUGGGUCAGGUCAUGGAAGGAAUCCCGGACAUGAUGAACGACCUGGUCGAAAAUCUGAGUACGGAGAACACGGAUCCGAAUACGGGGAUUCGGAAUCCAAAUACGGGUCUAGUCAUGGGAAGAAGCCAAGCCAUGGUAGUGGAGGGUAUAAGAAGUCGAGUUACGGGAAUUCCGAGGAUGAAGAAGAAGGAUAUAAAAAGUCCAGUCAUAAGAAAUCGAAUUAUAGGAGGUCAGAGUAUGACGAAGACGAAGAUGAUAAGAAGCCGAGAUAUAGGAAAAAGAAAGAAGAUGACGAGGAUGAUGAUGAUGAUGACGACGGUGAGGAUAAGAAGUCAAGAUAUCGAAAAAAGAAAAAUGACGACGAAGAUGAUAAGAAAUCGAGAUAUCGAAAAAAGAAGAAUGAUGAUGACGAGGAUAAUGAUGAUAGGAAGAAUUAUGGCCGCAAAAAACACGGUAAUGGCAGUGACAGUGACGGUAGCGGUGAUGAAAAGAAGAGUCGUCGAGAGCAAAACCAUCCGCGCCGUGACUACGACGACGAUUAA